CUGUCGCCAACAACCGUUACUGAGUCUUAUUUUGGAAAAACCCCACCGGAAGUUGGUUUGCAUCAGCUAGCUUGACUCCAGUGUUUCUGGAGCAUCACAACAUUAUUCAGCCGCUUUGUUCCGAAGUCGGAAACACCGCUCUUACUUCGAUGAAGUGUGCAUGAAACCACGCAAUGUCCACCAUGGUGUAUCCGCGUGAGGAAGCCCUGGAGCGACUGACCCAGGAUGAGAUCGUCCUCAACACUAAGGCCGUCAUGCAGGGCCUGGAGACACUGCGUGGUGAACACACACAGCUCCUCAACUCGCUGCUGGACUGUACCCAGGUGUCUAUUGCCCAGGAGAAGUCCGGGCUCCUCCGGAAGAAUCUGGAAGACAUUGAGCUGGGCCUGGGAGAAGCGCAGGUUAUCAUCGCUCUGUCAAACCACCUGAGCGCCGUGGAGUCCGAGAAGCAGAAGCUGCGCGCCCAGGUCCGUCGGCUCUGUCAGGAGAACCAGUGGCUGCGGGACGAGUUGGCAGAAACGCAGCACAAGCUGCAGCGCAGCGAACAGUGCGUUGCCCAGCUGGAGGAGGAGAAGAAGCACUUGGAGUUCAUGAAUCAGAUCAAGAAGAUUGACGACGAUGUUUCCCUGUCAGAGGAGAGGAGCCAGAGCUCCGGAAGGACUGGAGGAGGAGACUCUUCAAAGGACAGCCUGGAUGAUCUGUUCCCCAACGAUGACGACCAAGGAACAGCCCAGCCGAGUGGGGAGGCAGCAGCCCAGCAGGGAGGUUAUGAGAUCCCGAAUCGACUCAGGACCCUGCACAACCUGGUGAUCCAGUACGCCUCCCAGGGCCGCUACGAAGUCGCUGUUCCUCUGUGCAAGCAGGCCCUGGAGGAUCUGGAGAAGUCGUCCGGACACGACCACCCUGACGUGGCCACCAUGCUCAACAUCCUGGCCUUGGUGUACAGAGACCAAAAUAAAUACAAGGAAGCUACUCACCUAUUGAAUGAUGCCUUAGCCAUCAGAGAGAAGACACUGGGGAAGGACCACCCAGCUGUUGCUGCAACCCUCAACAACUUGGCUGUGCUGUUUGGCAAGAGGGGCAAAUACAAGGAGGCCGAGCCCCUCUGCAAGAGGGCCCUGGGGAUCAGAGAGAAGGUGCUGGGGAAAUCCCACCCGGACGUAGCCAAGCAGCUAAACAACCUGGCCCUGCUGUGCCUGAACCAGGCUAAGUACGAUGAGGUGGAGUACUACUACAAACGGGCCCUGGAGAUCUUUGAGUCCAAGCUGGGAGCCGAUGACCCCAGUGUAGCUAGGACCAAAAAUAACCUGGCCACAUGCUACCUGAAGCAGGGCAAGUUUAAGGACGCAGAAGUUCUGUACAAAGAGAUCCUGACCAGAGCACAUGAGAAGGAGUUUGGAUCAGUCAACAAUGACAAUAAGCCCAUCUGGAUGCAUGCAGAGGAGAGGGAAGAAAGUAAGGGUAAACAGAAGGACUCUGGACCGUAUGUGGAGUAUGGGAGCUGGUACAAGGCCUGCAAGGUGGACAGUCCAACUGUGAACACAACCUUGAAAAGCCUGGGAGCGUUGUACCGUCGCCAGGGUAAGUUGGAGGCAGCAGAUACGCUGGAGGAGUGCGCCAGCAAGUCACGCAAACAGGGGAUUGACGCCAUUAACCAGAGUAAGGUGGUGGAGCUGCUGAAGGACGGACCAGGGGGAGGGAGCGACAGACGACAGAGCAGGGAUGGACCGGGGGGACGAGGAGACGGCGAGGGCGAAGAAUCCGCUGAGUGGAACGGGGACGGUAAUGGGUCUCUGCGUCGCAGCGGCUCCUUUGGAAAGAUCCGUGAUGCUCUGAGGAGGAGCAGUGAGAUGCUGGUGAAGAAACUGCAGGGCAGUGGACCUCAGGAACCCCGUAACCCAGGAAUGAAAAGAGCGAGCUCCCUGAACUUCCUGAACAAGAGCACUGAGGAAACCACACAGGAUGCCAACAACGGCCUCUCAGACAGCAGGGGACUCAGCUCCAGCAACGUGGACCUAACCAGACGCAGCUCCCUGAUUGGUUAGACACACAGUCGAGAGGCGGGACAGAGGGGAAGGGGCCGUUUACCUCGGUUCGAGCAAACACUCCAGCAGCAGCGUUUUUGGUUUUAUUUUAAGCAUCUCUUAAAAAGAGGACAUUACCACACUUGAUGUCACCACUGCUGUAUAAACCGCUGCCACUGACCAGAACACUGAAUUGUAUCAUACACAUUUACAAGCAUGCUGCUGAACUAGAGGGGAAUGUCUGCACCUGAACGCCUCAUAGCACUACAGUUUGUUAGCGUGUGGCUUGCUUGGUCUCCAGUUUUCUUUGCAGAUGCUCAACGUUUUGCAGGUAAUGUUUGUGGCCAGUUUCAGUUCAAAAGGUUUCAUUACACGUUGUUUAUCCCACGCGUAGCAUGACGUAGCCACCAAUGCUGACCGCGGUACCAUCCAAACACAAUCAACCUUCCAGGACAUUUAGGGACACAUAAGCUCUAACCAUUUCAACCUCAACUGUUUGCCUUCUUGAUUUGUAUGUAUGUAAAUGCUUUUAAAUUAUUUCACAUUUCCUUUGGGGAUAUAGCUCAAUUUAAUGUUUUUGUUUAAAAUGUACUGGGUUAAAGAGGGACUCAACUGGAAAAAUGUUUCUCUGAUAGGAGGAGACUGGGAAUAGAUGAAGAGCAAUAUGUGGGGAAAGUAAAAAAAUAUUACCUCAGUUCAUCAAAAUACAGUCAUCAAAUAAAUAUAAAAUGGUGAUAAAUGUAUCAUCUCAGUUGCUGAAAUUAGCUGUCAGGGUUUCAGACUAAACUAGAAAUAUACAGUUGAAGCCUAAAGUGUGGGAUGUCUGGCAGAUGAAUGUCUCAAUAUGUAAGUUGACAGGGAAGAUGGCUUUUUCCAUAUGUGCUUUCUUUUUACCUCGUGAUUUUAUUUGGGGGAAUGCACAUUUUCAAACAGCUAUUAUUCUGAUACAAGUUGAAGGAAAACAAGCCUUUAAGACCUGAUGGAGCUCACCGGAAAGAGCCUCGGGUCCAAGUGGGUUGGUGCACGUUGAACAGGAGGUAAUCAUUGGUGCAGGAUAUCAAAGGCGGUCUUUAAACAUCUGAUAGGAUUUUGUUUUAGCAGCGCAUCAGCUGCUGUAUGUUUACUUUCAUUAAAAGCAUUCCAGAAACCCAGUAAUGUUGUGUAAAAAGCCUAAUGGUUCUUUUAUGGCCGUAACAUCACUUUAUACUGGAAAAUGUAAGAAAAACUUGAAUCUUUAAUGUUAGUAAAAUUAAAUCAGAAAUUGAUUUGAGUAAAUCCCAAAUCAAGAAAUAGUUGAUUUUAAUAAAAUCACCGGUGGCACAAUUAAUUUCAUCCCUGCUGAUAAUACUUUGGACAAGACUUUCUAUUGGGCUCGGAUCUGCGGACUGUUUGUAUCAUUACCCCACUGGAAGAAACCAUUGUUGAAUUUUUUUCAGGUUUCUGUCAGAGUCCACUAGAUUUCUAUUGAAAAUCUCCUGGUAUUUCAAACCAUUAAAGAGUUCAUGAUGCCAUGUACUCAAACCAGCUUCCCAGGGAGAAGGGAAACAGGCCCACACCACCACAGAUAUUCCACCAUACUUAUCAGUGGGCAUGAGAUGCAUUUCUACAUUGUUGCAAUUUGUUUUAGACCAGACCCAGCUGACGUGUUUAUUGAUAAAAAGCUCAAUCUUAGUCUCACGGUUCCAGUUAAAAUGCUAUUAGCAUUUAAUAAAAUCCACAUAUUUACAUUUGGGAUGAUAGGACAGAAAAUGGGUUUCUCCUGCUUUCUAUCUCAGCCAACCAGUUGGCAUGUAGUUGGCGUCUAAUGGUUGUUAUGGAGGCUUGGCGGCAUCCAGAUGGCACACUUUCUUUUUUUUUUUUUACCUCUGUCACCAUUCUACCCACGAAGAUUAAAUCAUCUAGUCUAGUGGCAUGAUAUUAACUUCUGUUAUGUCAUCUUUAUAACAGGAAAUUAUGGAUUACUAAUUAGUAGUUCCUAAUACUCAACCUAAAACCAUCAAAUAUGGAUGAAGAACAAAUCUUGUUGCCUAUAUUUUAAAGGGAUUGAUUAGGAUGCCACUGUUGAUUUUGUUAGUUGUUUCUUGUAAAUUUUCUGCGUGAUGUUACACUGCUGCAGUAAAAGAAAUACAUUUAAAGGCUUUUUCUGCUUCUUUACCAGGGAUGGAAACACAUUUGUCCAUAUGUGUUGUGAUGAUUUUCUGCACAUGUAUAAUUUUGCACUAAAAAGUGGGAAGAAUGUAAUCCUGACGAGGAUGAAUCUGAUGAAUGUCAGUCAACGGCUCAGAUCUCACAGACGAUGAUCCAUCCUCUGUGAAUUUACCUUUUAUUGAUGUGGUUCUUUUUAUGUUGCCAGUUUGAGCUUUUAUUUUGAAGGCACAAACUACUGGUUAUAUCUGAAUGUUGCUUUUCAUUCCUUCCACUUGAUCGCUGGACUAAACUGGAACAGAAAACACAACAAAUCCACCAAAGCAUAACGUGCAUGAAGCCAGGUAUCAUUUGUAUUCAUGACACACAUCCUAUCAGCUUCUGAAUGAUCGGACUGGGGGCGGCUUUAGUUUGAUGACGAAUCGCAGGAAGUCAGAAAGUGAAUAAAAGUGGUUUUUAAAAAGGUUUCGGAAAAGAAAAAGAGAAGUGCUUUAAUGUAUGGUGUGUGACCUUUCUAUGUGUGUGUUUACCGUUCAUCACGUUGACGCAACCCAACACCUUGUAGCCGUGUGCAGCUCUUCUCUAGCAUACCAGGCAGUCCUUCACUGUAUUAAUCACAUGCUCUUCUGCAGAGGCCUGCAAACAGGAACAGCAGACAUCCAGAAAUAAAUCAACCAUAGAAGAAUACUUGGCUAGUGUGAGAAAACAAUAAAGCUGCAGUGGAUUUUUUAAACAUUGAUCUUUAUCUGAAGGGUUUGAUGCAAAGCUUCAAAGAUUCUCUUAUCGCUGUGGAUGGAAAUGUUGCUUUCAAGACGCACCUGUAAAUGUGUUUUAUCAAAAGGUUCAAUAAAGACAUGUUCCACUUUUGAAAGCAA